CUACGCUUUAUUGACAUUCAGAAAACAUCUGGAAAUCAUACAGAGAACUACAUCUUGUUUAUACAAUUUUCCAUCUAGAGAAACAUGGAAGCAUUAGGAAGGAUUUAUUGCCUUCAAAUUGUACUCUACGUGCUUAUGCUAACGGCGUGUUGCAAAGGAAACAAAUUAAACGUUUGCCCAGAAAAAGAAAAAUUAAUUAAUUGCGAAUGCGAAAUCCGUUAUACAAGAUUGCAUGUUGUAUGCAAGAACUACGAGAAUUUCCAGGAAAUGUCAAAAUCCCUUCGAUCUUUCAAUGAUUAUUUGGUGUACAGCUUAGAACUGCGCCAUGUUCAAUUGAUGUUUCUACCGGCUCAUGUAUGGAAAACAUUUUCUAUCUCCAUUCUAACGGUUAAAUCUAGUGAAGUUUUAGGUUUGGAGCUUCAAGACAGUUACGAAAUGUUCGGUAAUAUGAUGAGAACUUUGGAAGAAUUGAGAUUAGAACAGGUGACAGGGCUAAAUUCGUGGAGAUGGAAGCCGUUCGAGGACUGCUUUAAAUUAAACUAUGUGGUUAUUCGAGAUUCAGACUUAUCUGCUAUUUCUGAAGAUUUUUCCUUUCUGGCACCGAAGAAAAUCAAUAAAUUCGAACUAGAAAACAACAAAAUUAGUUACUUACACGAUAAAGCCUUUGCCAAACACGAGCAUUUAAUGAGUCUGGAUCUAAGUAAAAACAUGAUUACUGAUUUGAAGAGAUCCAUGUUUACUGUACCCUCGAAACUAAGUUUAUUAUAUUUGGAAAAUAACAAGAUAAAAAAAUUGCCUGAUGAUUUUUUUAAAAAGAUGCCCGAUCUGAUACACGUGAAUCUGGCAAAUAACCAAUUAAAAUUUCUAUCUCCUGAUUUGCUCCGCCCUUUAACUGGUAGUCAUCGUGAAAUUACCCUUGAAGGUAAUGAUAUUCUUUGUUGUUCUUCGAUGGAAGAAUUAAUACAAUUAAAAAUAAAUAAAAAUAUCAAAGGUAAAUGUGCUAAUCCUUCAAUAGUAAGAGGUAAAGAGAUUAACGAGUUGGAAGUUGUAGAUAUUCACCAUGCAAUUUAUUUGUCGACUGUAAAAGGAAUAAAAUCUUGGAACUGGUCUGUUUUUGCGGCUUUAAAGAAUCUUCAAAGUUUUGAUAUCGAUUCGAGCGAGUUAGGACCAAUCGGCGAAAAUUUCAAACAAAUACCACAUAAAAUCUUGGAAGGUUUAGCCAUAAGUAACUGCGAAAUCGAUUAUAUUGAUCCUCAUGCAUUUUCUACGUACGAAAACUUGAAAUUGCUGGCAUUAAUAAAGCUUAAUUUGACCGAAGUCAAUAGAUCCAUGUUACCUACUAUGGCUAGGCGUUUAAAAUCUAUAUCUUUUAUUGGUAACAAGUUAAGAAAUCUGCCAAAGGACAUAUUUACAAAUAUGCCAGUUCUAGAAGCAGUAUAUUUAAACAACAAUCGUUUCCAUAAUUUGCCAUUCGAAGUUGUCAAACCUAUAAUACACAAUAAAGAUUGGAGAGUUGUAUUAAUGGAAAAUGACGUGUAUUGUUGUAGCGACAUGGCUUGGGUUAUUCCGUUUCGUCUAAAAGUUCCAGCAAUAUGCAAAUAUCCACAGCAAUUAAGAGGAUAUCAGUUAGGUCUAUUGAGAAAAGUAGACUUUGAUCAUGGCGUUUGCUAAAUGAGUAUCGAAUAUGAAAAAUAAAAGUAAAAUUUACAGUGUAAUGUUUAUUUACAUUGUUGACAGGUAAAUUAUUUACUAAACUAGAAAUAUUCGUAACUUACUUUAUAUACCGAAGUUUUUCAAAAUAUUUUUUCAAACAGAACAAAGACCAUAUAUGUAGUAUUAUUUACAGUGAAGACCAUAUAUGUAGUAUUAUUUGCAGUGAAGGAGACGGUCCCAAACGAAUGAGGAAAAAGGAUUGAGCGUGAGACGAACCAAGUGGAAGCUGACUAGUAUCUUUAAAAGCUGGUACUUUCAGCUACAGCACAGUAAUAUAAUUUGUAGAUGGAACAAAAUGACAACUCUGAAUUAACGAAUAUUCAACAUUUAAUAGGUUGAGGUAUCAAUGCUUAUGUAAUGCGACAAUGUCUCUGGAAAAAGCGGGUAUUUAUGAUAUUCCUAAGGCAGAAAUAAAAUUUUUAUGUUGUAUGAUCGGAGGGCUAAGCUAUGACAAAAUUAGCAAGAUGGUAGCGACUAUUACAUUAAUUUAGAUAAAAUACACCAUACAGAGCCGAGAGAAAAACGAUAAACAUAAAUUAAAAUAAAAGAAAAAUGUCGUUUAAAAAUUACAAUAUAUCAGUGAUGAUAUAAGAAAAGCGUACAGAAAGUAUGAAAAUAAACGACUGAAUAUAUCAGCGUGAAUAAAAUAAUAUUAUGAAAAGUCAGCAAUGGCUGAGUAUUCUGAUAGACACGGAUGCCACAUAAAAGAACAAUGAACACUAUGAACAAUGAACACUAUAAACAACAAUGAAAAGUCAGCAAUGGCUGAAUAUUCUGAUAGACAUGGAUGCCACAUAAAAGAACAAUGAACACUACGACAAAAAAUGUUUACAAACGAAA